UUGAGAGAUGAAAAGCUUGAAAAGUUCUUGGUUGCAGUUUACUCCAUGCCCUCCUCAUCAAAUACACCAGAAGCAUGCUCUGUUGAGGAGCACUCACGAAUGCCUUGCGUAUGUUGCAAAAAGGACUGCUGGUACACAAUUGCAGCUGCUGCCACACAUGAACUCGGUCAUAUGCCAGGUGAAGCCGGGGAGCGUGAGGCAAUAGCGACGUUACGUCUGAUUCGUGCUUGUAUGAUCAGCGAGUGCGAGGCCGCAUGUGUUCCUCGCUUACCGUUCUGA